AAAACCCAUUCUAUAAUAGCCGUAAACAUAAAGCCGUAAAGUUGUAACGUAAGAAAUGUCAGUUAUUCAUUCCCUUAUAAGCUUGUAUUACGCUUUAUGACUUUUCAGCUUAUCGUUACUAUUGUAAAAUGGGCUUUAAUUGUCCGUUAUUAAAACGCUUUUUCUUCUUCCUCGAAGACGCGAAUGGAAUCUAUCGCAAGUUGUUUAUUACGAAAAUGAUCUAGUUGUUCAUCAUCAUCACGGUAGAACGGAUGAGAGAACUGGGUGUGGCUCGGAAAAAACUGAAACAUAAAAACAAACGUAUUAAGCAAGGUAUAUCUUUUAUCGUACCGUGUCUUCUAAGUUAGACGAGAAGAUUGCGUGAUCAAGGCUGAUCAAGCAUGGCACUGUUUAUUUCAUCAUUAAUACUGUUGGUACUGGUGUCGAUUCUGUCGGCGACAUACGGACAGAAUGUCGGGGAGUGGUCAUGCGUAAUCAACAAUUCUGCAGGCUUAUGCAAGCAUAUAAAUGAUUGCCCACAAGUUUAUCAGGAAUAUUCACAUGGUAGAAUGGUCAAUCAGACCUGCGAAGCUCUCGACCGUAUAGUAUGUUGCCCAACAACAGAUCCCGUGGUCACCGAACUAAUAGCGGCGUCACAAUCAGAACUUACUCAACAAACGACUACAUCGCAGCCUAUGAUAUUGGAAUCACAUGGAAAAGUAGCAAAAACAAAGUGGUUAUGCGUGGUCAACAAUUCUUCAGGCGUAUGCAGACAUAUAGAUGAUUGCCCGCAAGUUUUUCAGCAAUAUAUAACUAGCAAAGUACUCAGUCAUACCUGCGAAACUCUCGACUUUAUGGUAUGUUGCCCAACAACAAAUUCUGUGGUCACUCAAUCAAUACCGGCAUCACAUUCAGAACUUACUAAACAAACAACUACAUCACAGCCUAUGAUAUCGAAAUUACCAGAAAAAGAAGAAGAAAAAGAAUGUACACGAUUUGCUUAUAAUCCUGGAUGCCCUUUCCGGGCGGGUUAUGGUGGCGUUAAAGCCGAUCCGAAAGAAUUUCCGUUCAUGGCGGCUGUCGGCUUCGGCGGUGCUGAUGAUAUCCAAUGGUUUUGCGGCGGUAGCUUAAUUUCUUCCAAGAUUGUCCUCACAGCAGCCCACUGCACUUGGGCACCGCAGUGGGGAAAUGCAACCUGGGUACGUCUCGGCGAUCUGAAUCUUAUUGACAAGUAUGACGAUGCAAAGCCGCAGACUAUCGCAAUCGCGGAAAGGAUAAGACAUCCCGACUAUAAACGCCCUUUGCAAUAUCACGAUAUAGCUAUACUGCGUCUGAAGGAGGAAGCUAACUAUACUAAGUAUGUCAGACCAGCUUGUCUUCCGUCAGGUUGGCCUGACGUAUAUCGGAACGCCGAGGCAAUUGCAACCGGAUGGGGUCAAGUUGGACCUGAUGAGGAACGUUCAGACGACUUAUUAAAGAUGAAGCUCAAAUUGAUCUCCCAUGCGUCUUGCAACGCGAGUUACUUCGACGGCACCAGCUCUGUUGAGCUCCCAUUAGGAAUUGUCGACACCUGGCAAAUAUGCGCGGGAGAAGUUGGAAUAGAUACAUGUGAGGGUGAUAGCGGAGGUCCACUUGCUGUCAUAAUUGCUGACCGAUGUAAGCUUCACGCCGUGAUUGGGAUCACGAGUCUCGGACGAACCUGCGGUAGCAUCAUACCUGGCGUCUAUACUCGAGUCUAUCAUUACGUUCCCUGGAUAAGAAAAACCGCGUGGCCAUAUGAUCUAGGUGGGGAUCAAAAAAAGUAUAAAACAGACGUAUUAAGACGAAAUAUAUAUUUUAUCGUGGUCAGUCUCCAGAUUAGACGAGAAGACUGUGACCAAGGCAAAUCAAAAAUGGCACCGUUCACCUCAUCAUUAUUACUGCUGAUAUUGGUGUCGAUCCCGUCGGCGACAUACGGACAGAAUGUCGGAGAGUCAUGCGUGAGCAACAAUUCUGCAGGCGUGUGCAAACAUAUAAAUGAUUGCCCUCAAGUUGAUCAGAAAUUUUCAAACAGUAAAAUGAUAAAUCAGACCUGCGGGCCUCUCGACAACAUAGUAUGUUGCCCAACAACAAAUUCUGUGAUCAACGAACCGGAGCCACAACCGGAACAUACCGAACGAACGACUACAUCACAGCCUAUGAUAUUUGAAUCAUCGGGAAAAAUAGCAAAAAAGAAAUGUGAAGAAUACGCGGAUGAAUUCGGAUGCCCGAAAACAAUGUUUCCUUGGGGUAGGGGUGGUGUUGGUGGCGUUAAAGCCGAUCCGAAAGAAUUUCCGUUCAUGGCGGCUGUCGGCUUCGGCGGUCCUGAUGAUAUCCAAUGGUUUUGCGGCGGUAGCUUAAUUUCCUCCAAGAUUGUUCUUACAGCAGCCCACUGCACUUGGGCAUCGGAUUGGGGAAAUGCAACUUGGGUACGUAUCGGCGAUCUGAAUCUCAUUGACGAGUAUGACGAUGCGAUGCCGCAGACUAUCGCAAUCGCGGAAAGGAUAAGGCAUCCUGACUAUAAACGUCCGUUGGAGUAUCAUGACAUAGCUAUACUGCGUCUGGAGGAGGAAGCUAACUACACUGCGUAUGUCAGACCGGCGUGUCUUCCGGUAGUUUGGCCUGAUAUAGAUGGGAAUGACUAUGCAAUCGCCACUGGAUGGGGUCAAGUUGGACUUGAUGAGGAAAAUUCAGACGACUUAUUAAAAAUGACUCUCAAAUUGGUCUCCCAUGCGUCUUGUAACGCGACUUAUUUCGACGGCACCAGUUCCGUUGAGCUUCCAUCAGGAAUCGUCGACGACUGGCAAAUUUGUGCGGGAGAAGUUGGAAUAGAUACAUGUCCGGGUGAUAGCGGAGGACCACUUACCCUCCUUCACGAGGAAUAUUAUUGUUUGUACAACGUGGUUGGGGUCACCAGUCUCGGACGAGACUGUGGCAUUAUACCUGGCGUAUAUACUCGAGUCUACUAUUACAUUCCCUGGAUAGAAAGAACCGCGUGGCCAGAAAAUUUUUAAUUUACACGACACUUCAAUUUGUUCAUAGUUUAAAAAGAAACUCAGCAAAUGGAAAUAAAUCUAACUAAAUUAAAAAGUGCAUAUUACUUAUGUUAAUUCGCGUUUUAAAGUCUACAAAUAUUUUUGAAUUUAAAUGAAUUCAAAUUGAUUAAAAUAUGAAA